UUGUUAGCGUACUGGUCUUCUUGUACGCGCUUUAAUGGAGGAAGCAAUUACUAUUUAAAAUCUUACACUUAUCAAAACCCAACUUAUCAAUUUCUUCUCUCGUGAAAUCCAGGCUUACCCUUUUUUCUCGAUUGUUGAAUACUAAUGGAGGCGACCAAGUAUCUCUUCUCCACUGUCGUUUUGGGCGUUGGGAUGCACUGUGAGGCCUGCGCUUCAGAAAUUAAGGUUUAUGCUCGAGGCCUCGAAGGUGUAAAGAAAGUGAAGGUAGACAUAGAUUCGAACCAGUUGACAGUCUUAGGUGAGGUGGAUCCUUUGCAGAUUCAAGAAGAGCUUCGCCGCAAGUUCAAGAAGAAAGUCGACAUGGUCUCCUCUUAUCCCAAGAAAGGUGAUAAUGGCACCACCUCUGACAAGAACAAAGAUGACAAGAAAUCUAAUGAGGAAAAGCCGGACAUUGAUAAGAAACAACCGAAAGAGGCUUUGGAGACAACAAUAGUAGUAGUUCUCAAGCUGGGACAUUACUGCCAGGGAUGUAGCUCGAAGAUUCGAAAUAUAGUCUGGGACACAAAUGGUGUGCAAGAGAUGGUACCAGAUGAAGAGAAGGAAAUGAUAACAGUCAAAGGGAACAUGGAUGCAAAGGUUUUGUUGGAGAAUCUGAAGGAGAGAUUGAAUGGUCCUGUUGAGAUCUUGUCGGUUAACAAAGAGAAAUACAGCAAUGGCAGUGAUAAAGAAAGCGAGAAUGGCAAUGAUGAUAAAAAGAGGAAGAAAGAAAGUGCACAAGAGAAUAGGAGUGAUGAUACUGAAAUGGAAAGGAGCAUAAUGGAGUUGAAACCAGUAAAAGUUCCAGCAAUAAUGGCAGUUUUCAAGGUGCCUCUCCAUUGUGAUGGAUGCAUCAGGAGGAUUCGCAAAAUUAUCAGUAGAAUCAGAGGAGUACAGAAGGUGACAAUUAACAAGGAGGAGGAAACUGUAACUGUCAAGGCAACCACUGAUGUGAAUACAUUAACUGAGACCAUGAAGAAAAGAUUGAAGAAACUUGUAGAGGAGAGGAAGAUAGAGAUACAAAAGGGGGCAGAAGUGGUAAAAGAUACAAGCCUAUGUUCAUUUAAAACGCAAGAUCAUAAACAAGAAAGCAUACCAUCGGCACCUCUUCAAUUUUCAGAGCAACAACCAGACAUUAUUCAAAUAAUUUCUGUUCAGGAGGACCAGGACCAAAGUUUGGUUAUCUCAGCAGAUGCUCAUGCUAAAAUUGAUUCAGAAAUUGGAGACAGCUCACCCACAAUUGAAACAGCAGAGUGGGCUUUUCUACUCACGAGCUUAUUUCUAGAGGGUGUCUCAGCAUUACUAGACCAACUGGGUUAUCUCUUAGUGGGCAUGGCCCUGUCAUUUGUGGCUUUACUUCUUUCUACUAUUGAUCUGGUUAACUCAGCACGAAGAGAAGGACUUAUCAAAAUGGAAAGAUUGAGCUGUUCCCUUUGCUUUCGUAGUGAACUUUUCACGGUUGUUCAAUGUUUCGGAUUUACAAGUGCAGUCUGGCAGUGUAUUUACUCGACAAUGCAGUAUAUAUAUGCUCUUCGAAAUUUAGAUAAUCCCAUUAAAAUGACCCUUCUGCCUUUCAUCUUUCUGUUAUGUGUGCUCAUUUCCAAGUUAGUGAGGAAAAUGGAGGAGAUAAAUUGUCAAGAUAUAGAAAUGCCUAGAAUUAAGCCCCAAUCCGAUCUUAAUCACAGUGAAGAUGCACUUGCGACUGCCAUGGAAUUUAAAUCUGGGCAUUUUGGGUGCUCACAUUAUAGAAGGAGAUGCAAAAUUAGAGCACCUUGUUGCAAUGAGGACUUUUAUUGUGUGCAUUGCCAUAAUGAAGCUAAGAAUUCAGGGGAAACUAGUCCUGAUGAUCAACACUAUAUUCCAAGCCAUGAAGUGAUAAAGGUUAUUUGCUCCCUUUGUGAAGAAGAACAAGAUGUUAAGCAGAAUUGUGUUAGUUGUGGAGUUUGCAUGGGGAAGUACUUCUGUGCCAAGUGCAUAUUCUUUGACGAUGAUGUUUUAAAGAAUCAAUACCAUUGUGAUGAAUGUGGAAUUUGCAGAGAUGGAGGAAGGGAAAAUUUCUUCCAUUGUAAGAAAUGUGGUAAGUGGUUGGAAAGUGAAAAACAGACAUUUUCUUUCUGUCUCAUGAAUACUGUAAAUCACUUUUCAAGAACUUUGUGAUGUCGCCCACAGGAUCUUGCUAUCCAAAGUUAAUGGAAGAUGCACACCAGGCAACGCACCAAGAUUGAGCUGAUUUUUUGUUCAAGGUUUCUGGUGAGUGGUAUUAGCAAAUAGGUUGCUUGCUGUGUGCGGCUAUGAAUUGAACCAUGGCAGAGAUCUUCCAAAAUAGGAGCAAAUGACUCGACACAGCAAGGAUUUUAGGAAAAUGGAGUGGAUAUCUUUGUUGGGUUGGAAUUCUUUCCAGAAAUUUCUCUUUCAAAAGUGAGUCCUAGAAUUCCUAGGAUUAUCUAGUUUCAUUUUUGCAAGAUAUUACUAUUAAUUAUAGUUGGUCUACAUGGGUGGGAUGUAAAAGCAAGCAAUCAAGUAGCAGAGGGAAGCAACAAAUUAAAAGCAAGUAUAUUUAAAUUCUACCUUGUAUGGCAUGAUUAUUCUUAAAUCUUUGCAUAUAAAUGUGCUUCCACAAUCUUUAUACUCUUGAUUAUUAAAUUAUUUUUUAGUUA